CCAACGUCCAUUCGUAUAUGCUCAUGAUCUCAGCCGCACUAUAUAAAGCCAUCGCCCAGCACUACCUUGACUGAGAUUUACUAUUCCACUUCACAGCCUCAUAUUUUAUCGUCACCAUGGGUCAAGAUGAAGUCGGUUUGGAGGUCCUCCCCCCUCCUCCAGGUUACUCAGCCUCAAACCAAGAUGAUGGUUUUAUCAUGCCGGCAUCUUUCACCAUCCACAAACAAGGCGAUUCCGAGGUCAAGUUCAACAUACGCGGCAACUCUGGCAGCACACCGCUUUCGAUCGCAUGCACAUACAAAAACACAGACGACGAUUUCGAGGCAAGAGUAAAUCUCCUCCCUCGAAAAGAUGAAAACGCAUCUCCACUAGCAACAGUAAAAUACUCCCGCCACAGCGCCGAACUAGAAUUCACCAACACUUCUCCUCCUUCAAAUAUUACCAUGUACUAUCGUCUUUUAGGCGAUAGAAACGCAACGCAUUCUUUUAACGUCAACACACCGCAGCGGACGGGUUUUGAGUGGAGGAAUCUUGGCGAUGGUGAGGGAUGGAAAUUGUACAUGGGUUCCAGACCUGAAGUGCUAGCGAUAGGUACUUUGAAUAUGGGGUCUGAUAAACCUACGCGAUUUGAGUUUACGGACUGGGAGAUGGCGAAGGAGUUGGAUGAGCAGUGCAAGCUGGUGGUUAUUGCGUCAUGGUUGAGGAUCUGGGAUAAACAUUUUGCUCACACCGCGUCCGAUGAUAGAGCAGCCACUCUCGCACACAGCUUCUUCGAUGACUCGGAGCGACUAUACCGUGUGGAGAAGUUAUCGGAUAUUGUGACGGCCCUAGCAGCCAUCAACAUCUUUAGCUUAGGGUGCUUCUCUCAUGGAAACGGUAACUCAGGCCAGGAUCUUCUCUUAUCACCAUAUGAGAUGGGGAAGCGAAUGGAUCUUUAUGGUCUUGAUCUAAGUAGCCCAGAGGUGAGGGGGUUCCAGAAGCAAUCCUCUAGCCAUCCAGUGCCACAGGCCUCUUGGGGGACUUUCAAUUGGCUGACGGAUGUGAACUCGAGUUUUACUCCAUGA